AUGACUGGUGAAAUUAUUACGUUACAAGUGGGUCAAUGUGGUAAUCAAGUUGGCCGAGAGUUUUGGUCUCAAUUGGCCAAAGAACAUGGGAUUGGCAAAGAUGGAUUGAGUUUGGUGGAAGAAUCUCCUACUAUUAUUAGAGAGGAUAAUCCAUUAACUUUUUUCAAGCAAAAUGAUUCUAACAGAUAUACCCCGCGUGCCUUACUAUUUGAUUUAGAACCUAGUAUUAUCAACGAUAUAAGAAGCAACUUUCCAGGAUUUUUUAAUGAUAGGAAUGUAUGGGUUUCACAAGAUAAUCUAGGAGCUGGGAAUACGUGGUCUACAGGAUAUGAUUAUGGUACUGAAAAUCAAGACCAAUUUAUUAAUAUGAUCGAUAGAGAGAUCGAUGCUACGGAGAAUUUUGAAGGGUUUCAAUUGAUCCAUUCUGUUGCUGGUGGUACUGGGUCUGGUUUAGGAUCGAAUUUAUUAGAAUUAUUAGCCGACAGUUAUCACAAGAAACUCGUCACUACAUACUCUGUGUUCCCAAGCAAUGAAUCUGAAGUUGUUGUGCAACCAUAUAACACGAUGCUCACCCUUAGAAGAUUGAUUGAAGAUAGCGACGCUUCUGUGGUUUUUGACAACAAUGCUCUUUCAAAUAUAACAGCUAGGGUUCUAAGAGACUCCAAUAUUAGUUAUGCCCAAUCUAAUCAGGUAAUUUCUACCGUGAUGUCUUGCAUAACAAAUAGCGUACGGCUUCCGAGCUAUAUGUUUAGCUCUUUACCCAGUAUAUUUUCCACGAUCGUUCCAACUCCAUCUAUGCAUUUCCUCGUCCCAAGUUUCUCUUCUUUCACUACUGACUUUGUGCCGGAAUCUAAGAAUAUUAAGAGAAGUACUGCAUAUGAUGUUAUAUUGGAUUUAUUUGACCACAACAAUUCAAUGGUAACACACUCAUCGGAUGAACCUGUGUAUAUUGCCAUUUACGACCUUUUACAAGGUUAUAUUCAGCAAUCGGAUAUCACUAGAGCUAUUUUAAAAACACAAAAAAGAGUACAAUUCGCACCUUGGUCCAAAAGUUCCCUACAUGUUAACAUUGGUAAGAAAUCAUCCUUUAAUCAAUCUCCAAACUCGGACUAUGUAAGUGGCCUCAUGCUUUCGAAUAGCACCGCCAUUAACUCACUACUAAAAAAGACAUGCCACAGUUUUGAUACCAUAUAUAACAGAGGUGCCUUUUUGCACAAAUUUCAGAAUGGAAGAGUGUUUGAGAAUGGAUGGGAUGAAUUUAAGGAAAGCCGAGAAGUCGUUCAGUCAGUAAUAGAGGAAUAUGCAUAUGCUGCACAGGAUUCUUAUGUCGAUGACAUUCUAUUAGAUGAUAAUGUAUUAAUGGGGAAUGAUGACGCUAGCAUGAAUAUUCAAGAUGAUGAUAACAUUAUAUAA